UAUCAUAGCUCAACAGGUAAUGCAUUAAGAGAAUGUCGAAGAAACGUAUGCUUUAUGUCGGAGGUCUUGCGGAAGAAGUAAAUGAAAAAACUAUACACUCUGCAUUUAUUCCAUUCGGGGAUAUCGUUGAUAUCAACAUUCCGCUGGAUUAUGAAACUGAGAAACACAGAGGCUUUGCUUUUGUUGAAUUUGAACUUGAAGGAGAUGCAAGAGCCGCAAUCGAUAACAUGAAUGAAAGUGAAUUAUUCGGACGCACUAUAAAAGUAAAUAUUGCCAGACCAAUGUACACAAAGAAAGAAGGACUCUCUCACAGGCCAGUGUGGGCGGAUGAAGAAUGGUUGAAAAAAUAUGCAGUGAAAGAUGAAGAUGCUGAAGAGUCGAUGGAAACUAAUGAUAAAGUAUCAACAGAAAAAAUUAAUAAAAAAUCAAAGAACCCAAGAGUAUUUUUUGAUCUGCGGUUUGGCACCCAGUAUGCAGGUAGAAUUCUCAUGGAACUACGAGCAGAUGUUACACCGAAAACUGUUGAAAAUUUUAGGUGCUUAUGCACACAUGAGAAAGGAUAUGGUUACAAGGGCAGUACCUUUCAUCGUAUUAUACCACAAUUCAUGUGUCAAGGAGGAGACUUUACAAAUCAUAAUGGCACAGGAGGGAAAUCCAUUUAUGGAAAAAAAUUUGAAGAUGAAAACUUCACAUUGAAGCACACGGGGGCAGGAGUAUUGUCUAUGGCAAACUCUGGCCCAAAUACAAAUGGUUCUCAAUUUUUCAUCUGUACCGAAAAAACUGAUUGGCUAGAUGACAAGCAUGUUGUAUUUGGACAUGUUGUUGAAGGCUUAGAAGUGGUGAAAAAAAUGGAAAAUCUGGGUUCUAAAGAUGGUAAGCCAAAACAAAAAGUUGUGAUUGCAGAUUGUGGAGAACUUACAUGAAGGAAAGGAUCAUAUUCAAUCUUCAUUUUAUCAUCAAUAACUUUGGAAAAGUAUUCAAAGAAGAAGUGAUACCAAAGCAGACAUCCAAUACAUGAAAAUACAGUCAUUACAAGUAUGAAAAGCGUGCAGAAUUUCAUUUGCACUGUCCUUAUGCCAUAAAUACCAGGGUGCAAUAUAGUAACCCAACACUACCUGUAGGCGGUUCUGUACUUUAUACCCAUCCCAAUAAUAUAUCCUAAGUAAUUUACAAGCACUAUUAUGCUGAAAAUGUUAUUUUUUAUAUACAACUUGAUUUAGCAGAAAUUGCUAGUUCACAAGUUAAUUACUAGUGAUAAAAACAGAUAAAAAGGUGAAUGAAUUGAAAGAAUAAAAUUAAAAAAAAUGUAUCACAUAAAAUAUUUGGAAACAGAAUUAGGUAUGAGACACCCAUAUACAAGUAUCAAAAUGUAUGACUGAUUAACAUUAUUACUCAUAGAUAAGAAAUGUUUAAUUUCAUUUCAAUUUUCUUCCUAUGAGUCUGGUAUAGACAGCAGGCUGUGACGUUGCCAUACGGAAUGUGUGUAUUGGAUAUUAUUUGAAUUGCUGUUGAUUAGAUUCUUGACAUGCAUGGGCGGGGAAAGACCAAGAUUCAUGGCACGUUCCCAUCUUUCCAUUCUUGUUGAAUCUAUGAUAUGGAAUAAUGAGGUGUCAUAUAAGAAUCUUCAUUAUAUUAAAUUGCCAACCAAAUUUAAUUGUCAGAGCAUACCUAUACCCCAAGUUGUAUCAUAAAAUUUUGUACCAAAUACCAAGAAGUCUAAAACAGUUCCCAUUACAGUUAUUUUAGUGCGACGCAUGACUUACAUUCUAUUAAUCGUCUGAAGCGACAUAUGACCAAAUAAAGGUUUAAAAUGUUUGUAUCAUCUUAAGAAUAAGAAAAAUCUAGUUUUUGGAAAAAGAUUUUGAUACUGUC